AUGGGCUCUUCCCAGAGGACCCUCAAACACCCACACCUGUGUCUGCUAAUAUGGACAAGCUGCCCUGACCAUCUGGACAAUAUUGGAGAGUACCUCACUCUGAGACUGCGUCGGAGCCUGCAAAGAGAGAGAAACGGGCAUGUGAGUGUGGCUCUGCAAGUGACGGAGAAGCUGCUGUCAGCCUGUGACUCACGAAAGCUCCAGUUGAUUGUCCAGUUGAUUGUGGAUAGCUACUUGGAUAUACUGCAUAAUAUGCUGGAAACGAGCAACACAGAACUGCAUAUCAUGGCCACCAAUUCGUUUGUGAAGUUUACCGAGCGAGAGGAAGGGAACACCCCCUACCACAGACAGUACGACUUCCUCAUCCACCGCUUUGCCUCUCUUAGCCUCACCAAGAAUGUCGACGACGCCGAUAAAUAUCACGAGACGCGGAUGGCUGGGUUGCAAGGGCUGAGGGGAGUGAUAAAGAAGAUUGGUCGGCAAGACAACCUCCAGAUGAACAUUUGGGACCUAGAUCACAUGAACAAGAUAGUGCCGCCCUUCCUCUUCAAUAUGCACAGUCACAGUGUCGCCCAGUCAAGAGAGUCUGGUGAGAUCCAGCCUGUUGUGGAGGAGGGGGACAGUCUGGGGGGGUAUUCUCAGGAUAGUCUCACUGAGCUCAUCACUUUUGCCGGACUCUCUCACAUCGAUAGUGUCCUCAAGCCAAUACUGCAACACUUUGACCUAAACAAACUAUGGAUAUCGGACAAGGAAUUCACAGCUGGUGUGUACGUCAUUGUUGUGGAAGCCAUGCAGCCCUCCAGUGUACAGUAUCUAACACAGACAGGAUCGGUACAAGGCCGUCCAGUCGCUGGUGGACCACCUGGAUGCCAAGGUGAACUGGAUGCCAAGGUGAAGGAGACUAAACAAGGGAUCCUCGGCACACUCUCUAAGUGUGUUGCCGUGGCAGCAGACAGCUCUCUAGGUCCGUCUGUACUGGAUAUAUUCCGUACACUGGUCCGCCACCUCCGUAUCUCCAUAGAAACUGUUUCAGAAGGCCCCUCUGACCUCACGUCCUCUCUGACCCGGGGUCUUGAUAGCGGAGCCACCACUGGACUGUCUGUACAUCCUCUGGCAGCUCAGGACACUCAAAACAGGUGA